GCGAAAACUGUGCUUGUGCUAGCAAGGAUUGUGAUUGUGCUGCUAAGCUAGCUAGCUGUGCAUGUGUAUCAACAACUCAAGAUGGUGGAGAAGCUGAAAUUGUCUCUGCUGCCUCUCCUCUGCUUCUUCUUCUUCUUACUCUUAUCAGGUGGUGCGGAUUCGACCCGCGUGUUCACCAUCAUCAACCAGUGCAAGGCGGUGAUCUGGCCUGCGGUGACCCCCGGCGAGAGCUUCGGCGGCGGCGGGUUCGCCCUCCGGCCCGGGCAGUCCAUGGUGUUCACGGCGCCCGUGGGGUGGUCGGGCCGCAUCUGGGGCCGCACCGACUGCAGCUUCGACGCGUCCGGGAACGGCUCCUGCGCCACGGGCUCCUGCGGCUCCUCGCUCCGCUGCGGCGCGUCGGGGGCGCCGCCCGCCAGCCUCGCCGAGUUCACGCUGGCGGCCGUCGACUACUACGACGUGAGCCUGGUGGACGGCUUCAACCUGCCCAUGGUGAUCAAGCCGGUGAACGGGCAGGGCAACUGCAGCGCGGCGGGGUGCGACGGCGACCUGCGGCAGACGUGCCCGUCGGAGCUGGCGGUGAAGGCCAACGGGCGCACGGUGGCGUGCCGGAGCGCCUGCGACGUGUUCAACACGGACCAGUACUGCUGCCGGGGGCAGUUCGGGAACCCGGCGACGUGCCAGCCCACAUUCUACUCCAAGAAGUUCAAGGCGGCGUGCCCCACGGCGUACAGCUACGCCUACGACGACCCCACCAGCAUCUUCACCUGCUCCAACGCCGACUACAUCAUCACCUUCUGCUCAAACACCAAGCAGUCGGCAUGCUCCUACCACAACAACCGCCUUGUGUGCAGCAGCGGCUCAUCAUCGUCCAGACGCACCAUGGUGUCUUCAACCCUCAUGCUGCUGCCUUCAGUAGUGUUUUAUUUGGCACUACUACUAGUGCAGUUUUGAGCCUGCCUAAUUAAUAAUUAAUUAAGGAUCGAUCGUCCUCAAUCGGUUGAUUAAUUAAUUAAAGAGCCUGCUGCGGCUAAUAAGCAAGUACUACUCCUAUCUAGAUAGAUAGUGAUUCUUCUUAAUUUGGUCCUGCUUCUUCCCUUUAUUUGUCUUUUCUACUACAGUACUAGUCAUGCAUGCAUGGGGCCGGCCUGUUGAUCAUCAGUGCUAGAAGUGGGGAAUCACGUACAUGAUUCCAAUCAUGUACUCUCUAUUACACUACUGCAAGUAGUGGGCAUUUAUUUAUCUGCUGAUGUAAAACAAAAGUACUGACAUUGCAUUGUAUGUAUCCUGCAGGCUCAAUAAUACAUACUGUUGUAAAAAAAGAUUAAUUACACCAGAUAGCUAUUAUAUAUUCUUCUAA